AUGGUUGUGUUGAGUCGAGUUGGGUCGCCGACGAUGUCAGCGACCGUGGCAGGCAAUCAGCAGCAGUACCCUCACCAGGAGUGGGACAUCAACGACGCAAACAUACCUCUGAUACGGGAGUUCGACGAGUGGUGCGACUGGACGGACGGCCACGUGCGCAAGGUGUACGCGCCGAGCUGCGAGGAGGCCAAGCGUCACGCCUCGGGCUGGGCCAUGCGCAACACCAACAAUCACAACGUCGCCAUUCUCAAAAAGUCGUGCCUUGGCGUGCUCGUCUGCUCGCUCAAGUGCACCCUGCCGGGCGGCGGCAAGGUCCACAUGAGGCCGGCCAUCUGCGACAAGGCGCGCAAGAAGCAGCAGGGCAAGCCCUGCCCGAAUCGCCAGUGCAUGGGCAGGCUGCAGAUACACGCCUGCCGGGGCCACUGCGGCUACCCGGUGACGCACUUCUGGCGCCACUCGGCGGACCACGUGGUCUUCUUCCAGGCCAAGGGCGUGCACGAUCAUCCGCGGCCCGAGGCCAAGUCCACCUCGGAGGCCCGACGGAGCGUCAGCACGGGCAGGCGGGUGCGUAGCAUCGCCUCGAACCUCGACAUCGAGGCCGCUACCACAGACAAGAUCGAGAGACUGAGGGGCACGAAACGACGCAGCUCGGAGAUGUUGGAGAUUCACCAAACGCAGGUGACCAAUCUCGGCGUCAACGAGAAUUCCUCCUUCUCCUGCUCGUGCUCGCCGUUCGAGUGCGUCUGCGGCGCUGGCAAUACCGCAGGCAAUCGUCGCUUGAGCUUUUCCUCGUAUCAAGUUCCUCAGCACUACAAUCAUCAUUCCGACUUGCAUUACGGACAGCCGGCGGAACAUCAGCAGGCGCCAAAUCACCCGGGCCACCAGGCUCACUAUCAGCUGUCGCAGAUCGCGCAGUUACCCGCCAACGAGGCUCCGAAUUACUGGCCCAAUCAGGAGGCAUCGACGAUAGAGCACUCUUCCUUGGGCUACGCCAACGGCCAGGAAUCGUCCUCGGGCUACCUGACGGCCACCGGCUACGCCACCUCCGGUUACAACGACGAUCUGUUCGCGCCCGAGGAAAUAUUCCAGCUGGAUCAGCCGAUCAGAGCCGACUUCGGCAUGGUGGUGGCGGCCAACAACAGCGGCAACAGCAACCACGGCAGCGUCGGCAAUCCAACGACCGCCAGGACGACACCACCGACGUUGCUCGACCUCGGCAGCGGCACCAUCAAGUACGAGGCGCCCGAGUUCGUCGCUCAGACGUGGAAUCAGCUGCUAAGCGAGGACUCGAGCAGCAGCCAAGUGAGCGUCAACCAGCAGCAGCACGACAACAACGACAGCAAGUCACAGACAUUCGGUGCUGCUGCGGCUUACGCGACGCCGUCGGCCAACGCGAGCUUUUGGAACAAUCGAGCGCAGCAACAAGAAAAUUAUCCGAGUAGCGGGGCGGCGGCAAUUUAUGAGCCAAAAUCGAAAACUCAGCUGGUUUCUAGUCAUUCGCCGGUAGCCGAGGUGGCCGCUUAUUCCGCAUACGACGAUUAUCAACAGCAAAUGGUCAAGAGUUACGGCACCUCGCCGACGAGUCAAUCCCCCGAUCAAUCGCCGAUUCAGCAGCAGAGACAGUAUCGUAUAUUGCAAGAAAGAUUGACUUACGGUAUUCAACAGACGCCAACGACUACGACGUCGCUCCUCACUAUCCAAUCGCAAGCGAGUCCGGCAGAGUCGGCUUACUACUAUCAGAGCAAUACGGGCAACGAUCGAUGCCACUACAGCUGCGACGAUGCUGCAGCACGACUUCAACAGCAACAGCAGCAGCAACACCAUCAGGUCAACGUCAACAAUAACAUGACGAGCUAUACCGGUGACGGCCAAACCACGGUCGACUUCGCGCCUUACGUGGAUUACACCCUCGUGGGCAUGCUCUGCAGUCCCGAGGACGAGGAGUCGUCUCAGCAGCAGAAUCAGCAUCAACAUCAGCUGCAGCAGCAGCAACAGAACAUUUUCAUUUGA